UCUGCUUGAGUAAAGGCCAGAAGGCAUUAGAUCAGAUCGAUAGUGUGACAUAAUAAACGUGUUGAAUUGUUGCUUGAAAAAGUUUUAAGGUAAAUCCUGGGCAGAGCCAUGUCGAAGUACAAGAUAGUUAUGGUUCGCCACGGCGAGAGCGAAUGGAACCAGCUGAAUUUGUUUUGCGGCUGGUACGAUGCUGGCCUUUCUGAGAAAGGCAAGAACGAAGCUCUCGCAGCGGGCAAAGCUUUGAAAAAUGCAGGCUACACGUUUGACGUGGCUCACACAUCUCAGCUGACCAGAGCCCAAGUCACUCUCCAGAGCAUUCUGAAGGAAAUUGGCCAGGAAAGUAUUCCAAUAAACAAAACAUGGCGCUUAAACGAACGUCACUAUGGCGGUCUGACUGGCAUGAACAAAACCGAAACUGCUCAGAAGUAUGGGGAAGAGCAGGUGCAGAUCUGGAGACGAUCUUUUGACACCCCACCACCGCCAAUGGAAUCUGACCACAAAUACUAUGAGGCCAUUGUCAAAGAUCCCAGGUAUGCUCAGGAACCUAAGCCAGAGGAGUUUCCCAAAUUCGAGUCUCUAAAGCUGACUAUUGAGAGGACUCUUCCUUACUGGGAUGGAACUAUUAUUCCUCAGUUGAAGGAAGGAAAGAAAAUCAUCAUUGCUGCUCACGGCAAUAGUUUAAGAGGCAUUGUCAAGCAUCUUGAUCAAUUGAGCAAUGACGAAAUUAUGGGUCUCAAUCUACCAACUGGAAUUCCAUUUGUCUACGAGUUGGACGAAAACUUCAAGCCAGUUGUGUCCAUGAAAUUCCUUGGUGACGAGGAGACUGUGAAGGCAGCAAUGGCUGCUGUUGCUGCCCAAGGCAAGGCAAAGUGAAGAAGUGUUGUUUUCAGGAAAAUUAAGUACUAUCACAGAUUUUUUCGUUCUGUAUUCAACACGUGUAUUUAUUAAUAUUCCUAGUCUUGCCAUUGAUUGGUAAAGAAUUAGAAGGAAAACAAUGUUGCUCUUGUUUAAGAAAUUAUUUAUUGCCAAUACAAUAAGCUUUGGUCUUGUUAAUAAAGGCCAACGUCUUUA